GCAGCGGCGGCAGCAGCAGCAGCAUCAGUUCAGUUUGAGGCCGAGCGGCGCGACGACACAACUUUCUCCCUCUCCGCGCCUCUCUUUUCUGCAAAUAAACGACCGCAGGCCGUCUCAUCGUGCGCAGUAAUCAUGGCAGAAGCCCACCAGGCGGUGGCCUUCCAGUUCACGGUCACCCCGGAGGGCAUCGAUCUGCAGCUGUCCCACCAGGCACUGACGGAGAUUUACCUCUCCGGCGUGCGUUCCUGGAAGAAGCGGAUCAUCAGACUCAAGAACAGCGUGAUAACAGGGGUCUAUCCUGCCAGCCCCUCCUCCUGGCUCUUUGUGGUCAUAGCGAUCCUGGCCACCAUGUACACCCGCUCCGACCCCUCCAUGGGACUCAUCGCUAAGAUACAGGAGCACCUGCCUGUCAGCCAGUCCAUGAGCACGCAGUGUCAGGCGGUGGUGUCGGCCGUGCUCUUCAGCACCAUGCUGUGGCUCCUGCUCAUCUUCACCAUGCGCCUGUGCCUCAAGCAGCUCCUCUCCUACCACCGCUGGAUGUUCGAGCAGCACGCCAAGAUGUCCACCACCACCAAAGUCUGGGUGGCUCUGGUGCGGAUCUUUUCUGGCCGGAAGCCGUUGCUCUACAGCUAUCAGGGUUCGCUGCCAAACCUCCCCGUGCCGGCCGUCAAGGACACAGUCAAGAGGUACUUGGAGUCGGUGCGUCCGCUGAUGGACGAUACGGAGUACGAACGCAUGACCAAGCUGGCCUCGGAGUUCGAGAGCAGCCUCGGCAACCGGCUGCAGUGGUACCUCAAACUCAAAGCUCUCUGGGCCGCAAACUACGUCAGCGACUGGUGGGAGGAGUACGUCUAUUUGCGGGGAAGAAGCCCAAUCAUGGUCAACAGUAACUACUAUGGCAUGGACUUCUUAUACGUGACCCCGACGCCCAUCCAGGCGGCCAGAGCGGGCAACAGCAUCCACGCCUUCUUCCUGUACCGCCGCAAACUCAACAGAGAGGAGAUUAAACCUAGUCGCAUCCCAGGCACUGUCAUUCCUCUGUGUGCCGCUCAGUGUGAGAGGAUAUUCAACACCACACGCACUCCUGGAGAGGAGACCGACACUGUGCAGCACUGGCAGGACAGCGACUACAUCGUGGUGUACCACAGGGGUCGAUACUUCCGUCUCAAGGUGUACCAGGCCGGCCGUCUGCUGUCUCCACGGGAGAUUGAGUUCCAGAUUCAGAGGAUCCUCGACGACUCCUCAUCUCCUUCCAAAGGGGAGGCCAAGCUUGGAGCCCUGACUGCUGGAGACAGGAUUCCGUGGGCUAAAGCCAGAGCCAAGUAUUUCAGCAGUGGGGUGAAUAAACGCUCUCUGGACUGCAUUGAGAAAGCAGCCUUCUUCGUGACCCUGGAUGAUGAUGAGCAAGGCAUGAUGGGAGACGACCCAGCGGCCAGUUUGGAUCGCUAUGCCAAGUCCUUACUGCACGGGAAAUGCUAUGACAGGUGGUUUGACAAGUCCUUUUCAGUGGUUUACUACAAAAAUGGCAAGAAUGGAAUAAACGCAGAGCACUCUUUUGCUGAUGCACCAGUGAUAGCACAUUUAUGGGAGUACGCUCUGGCCACUGACAGCUUCCAGCUCGGUUACAACACGGAGGGUCACUGCAAAGGGGAAGUAGAUUCAUCACUGCCACAACCACAGAAGCUAAACUGGGAAAUUCCUCCAGAAUGUGAGGAGCAGAUCUCCCAGUCUCUGGCCGUGGCCCAGGCCCUGGCCGAUGACGUGGACUUCCACGUUUUCUCCUUCCGAGACUUUGGCAAAGGGAAGGUGAAGAAGUGUCGCGCCAGUCCAGAUGCCUUCAUUCAGAUGGUUCUGCAGUUGGCCUACUACAGGACCCGGAAGACGUUUUGUUUGACUUACGAAGCCUCCAUGACGCGUCUGUUCAGGGAGGGCAGGACCGAGACCGUUCGCUCCUGCUCCAAUGAGAGCAGUGCCUUUGUCCGAGCGCUGGAGGGCGGAGAGACAGCAGAUGUGUGCCGGCGCUUGUUCCGUGCGGCGUCGGAGAAGCACCAGCAGCUGUAUCGCUUGGCCAUGACCGGAGCCGGCAUCGACAGACACCUGUUCUGCCUCUACGUGGUUUCCAAAUACCUCGGAGUGGAGUCCUCCUUCUUGAAAGAGGUGCUGUCUGAGCCGUGGAGAUUGUCCACAAGUCAGACCCCAGUCCAGCAGGUGGAGCUGUUUGACCUGGUCAACCACCCAGAGUACAUGUCCUGUGGAGGAGGCUUUGGGCCGGUGGCUGACGACGGCUACGGGGUGUCCUACUACAUCGUGGGAGAGAACAUUAUUAACUUCCACAUCUCGUGCAAACACUCGUGUCCGGACACGGAUGCCCACAAGUUUGGCGACCAGAUCAGGAAAGCCCUGAAUGACCUGAUCCAGCUGCUGAGCCCCAACCCGAAGGAACCGAGCAAACCGGAGGAGAGUCGACCCGAAGCCAAGAAAGACAAGUAAACAGCCACACCGUGGAAAGGAUGCUGAAGGGAAGACGUGCAAGCAGACGCUCUGCGUUCUACAUUAAGGCUUUAUUCCUUGUGCAGUGGGAGAGAUUUCCAGACGCACAGGUGACUUUUAAAGAGGGAAGUGUUUGAGAUGGAGCUGAUGUUUUUACUGAGAUGCAUCUUAUAUUUGUGUAUGUUUAUACUAGCUGUGUGUGACGAGUUUGUGGAGAGAAAAUAGGCACUUGAAAUAAAUAAAGCGUGAUCAACUAAAGGAUGUUUAUUGGUUUAGUUUAGUUUUCACAAUUGAACCUUUUUUUUAAUAUAUAUAUAUAUAUAUGCCAGAGUCCUAAUUAUCUUCAAUUACCGUAACAAGGUCAGUCUGCAAAGCACCGUUCAACGUUAGGGCGGAAAAUCCUAACGGCAUCUUACUGCAGGGAAUAAUUUAGUCCAGAAAAGGGAAAGUUGUAGUGUUGUGACACUCUCUGAAUACGCCACUGUUUG